AACUGCUCCAUCGUGCUACUUAGUACAACGUACUAUACCAAUUACCACUAGAGAAUACACAGCACGUCAGGUUGACGCCAAUGGAGUCGGGGGGAAAAGCACCUUCCGGGCCGCCAAAGGACAAGGAGGCAAAAGCAAAACCGGCGGUGGUGCAGCAGCACCCCAAGCUGCUGAUGGCCGCCCGAAAGGGCCACUGGACACCGCUAAAUGUUCUUAUGGGCAAUAGCGGUGCCGGCGCCACUCCGCCGGCGGUUCAUGCUGUCCCGCCCGGAGGCCUCAUCAACAUCGUCAUCGAUGACGAGCAGGCCGACGUCGUUGAUAAUUCUGCAACGACGAUCACCUUGGACGUGGAGCUGAACAACGUCCUCCAUGUCGUGGCGUCCAGUGGAGACGGUGACGAGUUCCUGGAGAGCGCGAGGGGCAUCUACUGCAAGGCCAAGCACCUCCUGGACGGGUCAUUCCCCAUACAUGAGGCGGUUAAGGAAAAGCAAGUCAGUGUAGUUUGCACCUUGCUCAAAAUUUGCCCGGACUGCGCCCAGCUACGUGAUGCCGAGGGCAAGACCUUCCUCCAUGUAGCUGCCAAACAAGGCUACGCAAAACUAUUUCCUCCUGUUUUACAGGUUUUAUUACAAGAAAAGCAGAUGUUUGCAGCCAUCAUGAAUAUGCAGGAUGAUGAUGGCAACACUGGGUUGCACCUUGCUGUCGAGGCCGGAAUUUUAGAAACUGUGUGCUUUUUACUGUGGGACAAGGAAGUUAUGUUAAAUUUAUCAAAUAACGAGAGGGAAACUGCACUGGAUCUUUCACAGCGCAUGCGGACCCCAGGUGUCCUUUUUGGUUUGGGCCGACGGGUUUCGAUCCACAAACUUUUAGUGCAUGCUGAUGCUCAGUACGGUGUUCAUAGUAAAACCCGCAUCCCUGAACUAAAUGAGGAGAAGGAAGAAAAAAGGAUCUCGGAUUCGACACAGACCAUUGGGGUUGUGUCAGCGCUACUCGUGACGAUUUCCUUUGCGGUAGCUUUCACCAUACCCGGAGGCUAUCGAACAGAUGAUGACCCUAAGGUCGAUAAUAUUAAGGGCGGCAUGCCGGUGCUUGUCACAAGCCACUCUCUUCAGGCAUUCAUUAUCGCCAACAACCUGGCGUUGCUCUGCUCCGCCAUGGCCACCAUCAGCCUCAUGUACGCCGGAGUGACCACUGUCGACAUCAGCAUGCGCAUGAAAGCCUUCGUCAUGUCCAUCUUCUUCCUCAACAGCUCAGCCCGAACGCUGGCUGCGGCGUUUGCGUUGGGCAUGUACGCGACGCUGGUUCCUGCGGCUGGCGCAGCAGUUACUCUUACGGUUAUAGGCACCACUAUCACGCUGCUUGACGUUGCUUGGUUCACGUACAUGACAUCCAAGGAUCAGCUAGUGCUUCGGAAGAGGAUGGGUGUUGGCGUGGCCUUGAAAUGGUUUGCGCUUUUGGUCCUACGUGGGGUGCUGGCGUGUCUCUGGCCGUACGUCAUAAUCGGCGGUUUCUUAGCCUAUAUUACAUUAUGGAGUAAGUGAAAUUAAUUCAAGAGUUCAUGCUCAACGUGCUA